AUGGCUAAUGCCUCGUUCUACGAUUUCCACUGCCCGACCGGGGGAAAAUGGUAUGCCUGUGCUAAAGGGAGCAACUUUGUAGGCUGCUGCACAUCAAACCCGUGUACCAACGGUUGCGUGCAAGGAGAUGUUCGAGCUGGAGGUUACAACAUCACCCACCAUGGAGAAUGGCCCGACGCGUCGUGUGGUAGUGCGAGCGACUUUUACACAUGCAACGCAGGCCCCAGUUUCUGGGGAUGUUGUAAAUCAAAUCCCUGCGCCGCAACACCACCCUCAGUAUGUCCUGAUGGCGACUUGGUACCUGCCUUCAUGGAGCGACCAGAGCAAUUCAACGUCUACACAUCAUCAAAGGUUGAGAAUCCAGAAUCAACCUCAAGCGACAGCAAGACCAACACGGGUGCCAUUGUUGGUGGCGUGGUCGGAGGAGUCGUCGUUCUACUCAUUAUCGCCGUCAUCAUCUUCGUCGUCCUCCGUCGUAGAAGACGGAACCGAAAGACGACGGACGGCAACAUGGGCGCAGCAGCAAUGAUGCCCAUGAUGAACAACGAGAAGGAUGACAACAACAACAACAACACAGCCCCAGCGCAUUACGGAGGCCAAUCACCGCCACCAACGUAUUCGGCUCCCAUCCAGAAUUCUUACCAAGCAACUGCGCCGGGUAAAGGCCACGAGUCGUACCACCAGUAUGCCAGCCACGCCAGUGAACCGCAAGAACUGCCCACGGAUACUUCUUCAUCCAACCCCAACCGAUUCUCUGAGCUUCCGGCCGACGCUUCGACCAGUGGGGUCAACCGGCGAUUCUCUGAACUUCCUGCUGAAGGCACCGCACGGGGAGGUCCAUCCGAACUCGAGUCGCCACUCGCCAGUCCCUACGUUACUCCCGCGCUUUUGCAAGAGGAAUUCACCAACGACAUGGCCAAGCGCGCAAGUCAUCACGGACUGGGUCUCUCGCCCGUCACUGGUCGCACAAAAUGA